AUGAAAACCGAGAUCCCAAAAUCCAUGCGGGCCCUGGUGGGCGACCGCUCGAUCUAUGCUCGAAUCUCGAAUUAUAUUUGCAACAAUCCCUCUGGAGAUGGCGUGAAAGUUGCAACCGUCCCCGUGCCCGACAUACAAGAUGAUGAAAUCCUCGUCCGAGUACGAUGCGUCGCCCUCAACCCAACGGACUUCAAACAUAUCGACAUACUCUCCCCCAGAGGAGCCAUCAUUGGCUGUGACUAUUCGGGUACCGUCGCAAAGGUUGGCUCGAAGGUACUGGGGACCUGGGCGAUCGGUGACAGAAUAGCCGGGUCGACUCAUGGCGGACUAUAUACCGAUCGAGGUUCUUUUGCUGAGUAUCUCAAAAUUCCAGCCGACCUGGCUUGGAAGGUCCCGUCCUCUGUGAGUGACCAGCAAGCAACAACAUUUGGAGUCUCUGCUAUCACCGCUAUGUUGGCUUUGAACGCUCGUCUCGGCGUCCCUUGGGUUGAUAUUGGCUCAGCGCCAAAACAACCUGGUACCCCCAUUCUCAUAUACUCCGGAUCAACGUCUGCGGGGCUAUACGCCAUCCAGCUUGCAAAGCUUGCAGGCUUGACAGUUAUCACGACUGCAUCGCCACGCUCUCAUGACUUGGUAAAAGAAUAUGGUGCGGACGAUGUAUUCGACUACCGAUCACCUACCGCCGUUGAAGAGAUUAUCCGAGCCUACCCCAACAUCGAUAGAGCCAUGGACUGUUUCUCGGAGGGCGGUUCGACCGACUUCUGUGCCAGGGUUGUUCACAACAGCCGAGGAUGGGUGGUCACACUUUUGGACUCAGGGAAGACGGACAUAGACGGCGUGAAAAUCGACUUCUUGCUCGCCUAUACCGCCUUUAACAAGGAGUUCCAGUGGCUGCCCCCUUUCGGGCCUAGAUUUGCCGGGAUACCUGCGGACAAAGAAGCGCUGCGCCAAUUCUAUGCUGCGUUGCCUGAGGUUUCUCAAUACCUUGUACCACCUCCCCUAAAAGAAGUUGAUGGCGGAUUGGCAAAUUUAGGCACAGGUCUUGACUUGCUGCGACAAGGGAAGGUAUCUGGUACUAAAUUGGUUGCUUCUCUUGAUUGA